UUGCACGCAUUGCGCCGCCUGAUGCAGGGCAGUCCUGACCAUCCAAAAGCGCCACUGGGAAAUAACUAUCGUCCUCCACAGCCGCUGCUGCAUCGGCCCAUCCGCACAAAUAUUGACUUUAAAACAACAAAAACAAAGGCCGCUUGUCCCACCAUGUACCGUGAGGUCUAUUAUAAGGAAAGACUACGCAUUAAUGCGCACGAACUCAUGUGCGAUUAACUGCUUAACUCACGUGGCGACAGCUCUGCUUCUUCCACCUGCGCCAAACCAUUAAACACUUUAUGAUGAAUAACUUUCUUGUUUGUUUUCCGAUCUUAAGUGCAUAAAUAUGUCAUUCAAAUGUGUGUAUAUACCAAAUCUCAAGGCUCUAGCUUUACAAAUGAUUUGAGUGGAAUUGCGGCAGGCAUCAAAAUUGUGGGAAGCAUACUAUACGAGAGCCUACGUACCAAAUUCGAUAUGUAUAGCUUUUAUAAUUUUUGAGUUAUGUUUAAAAAAUCAAGUCUCAAAAUCGAUUUUGAUUGCUAUUUUGGGAAUGACAGGAGAUAUUGAUAAAUGUGAAACUCGCUUUUGUACCUUCCGAUAUUACCGCGGUUAUACAGACGGACGGACGGACGGAUAUUGGCCAACAAUAUAUAUCCCUGAUGGGAUUCUUUCUGUUACAUACAUUUGUACAAUCCCAAUAUAUUAUUUUUUACCCAUUUUCAAUGGGAAUAGUAUUUAAAAAUGUACUCGAUUGUA